GGUCCGACUUUGGCCGGAACUUUGGUGUCUGGGCACAGUGAUGCGCACGGACACGGGAACAUUUUCAACCGGAAGUGACUCUUGAAUGCUUGGAGCCCAGGUUGAUGUGCGGAACCCCCCACGGCGGUUAACAAGUCGGAGAGAAUCAGGAUGGAGGCCGUGGCGACGGCGGCGGGGGCAAAGGAACCCGAUGAGGGCUGCCCAGAGCUCAGACCUGUGCACUGGGGGGAGCUGAGCUCAACACCAAUCCCACCCAGACCCCAGGACAAGGUGGAAGCAGCUGAAGAAGCACCAGGGGCUGUGGACUGUGAAACCCCCCAGGCUGAUGAGAAUGCAGCAGUGAGUGCCAUGCUGCAUGCUGUGGCUGCCAGCCGCCUGUCUGUGUGCAGCCAGCAACAAGGCGAACCUGACCUGACAGAACAGGAGAAGGUAGCCAUCCUGAGCCAGCUGUACCAUGAGAAGCCACUGGUGUUCCUGGAGCGCUUCCGCACGGGCCUCCGAGAGGAGCACCUGGCCUGCUUUGGCCACCUGCGUGGCGACCACCGUGCAGACUUCUACUGUGCUGAGGUGGCCCGGCAGGGCACUGCCCGGCCGCGCACACUGCGCACCCGCCUGCGUAACCGGCGCUACGCUGCCCUGCGAGAGCUGAUUCAAGGAGGCGAGUAUUUCAGUGAUGAGCAGAUGCGGUUCCGGGCCCCACUGCUGUACGAGCAGUAUAUUGGACAGUACCUAACUCAGGAGGAGCUCAGCGCCCGCACCCCAGCCCACCUGGGCACACCUGCCUGCCCGCUCUCCGACCUGCUGCUCCAGUCCUACCAGGAGCGGGAGCUACAGCAGAGGCUGCUCCAGCAGCAGGAAGAGGAGGAGGCCUGCUUGGAGGAGGAGGAAGAAGAGGAGGACAGUGAUGAAGAAGACCAGAGGUCAGGCAAAGACUCAGAGGCCUGGGUCCCCGACUCGGAGGAGAGGCUGAUCCUGCGAGAGGAGUUCACCAGCCGCAUGCACCAACGCUUCUUGGAUGGCAAGGACGGGGACUUUGACUACAGCAUGGUGGACGACAACCCCGACUUCGACAACCUGGACAUCGUGACGCGGGAUGAGGAGGAGAGGUACUUCGAUGAGGAGGAGCCUGAGGAUGUGCCCAGCCCAGAGCUGGAUGGGGACUGAUGGCUGCCACUCCUCCUGGCAACCGCCUGCCCUGUUCCCCCACCCCAGCAGGGCAGCAGAUUACAGGCCGGCUCAGUGGCUUUUUCUCUAGGGCCAUCAGGGCAGUCAGCAGGGCCCCUCAUUGCUGGAGCUGGCCGGGUAGAUCCCAGCACCAACUCAGGCAGGGCCAGCCCUGAGCCCUUGCUCUCUAUCUCUGUCUUUCUCCCUGUUAUGUCUGGGUCGCUCUCUUGUGCUCCGCAUGUCCUGUCUGUCCAGCCCCACUCUUUGGGCCUGCUGCUUUCUCUACCUGUAUGUUUCCAUUUCUCCCUAAGCCUCUAUGCUGUUAUUGUCCCUCUGCCUCAGCCUUUAUCUGGGUUUCAGCCCCCUUGCUCCAGGCCCUGUACUCCUUCUUCCCCCUCCCCCAAGCCUGGCUGCUGGGGCAGCAGAACUCUGCUGAGUAAUGCGGCCUCAUGGGUAGAGGGGAGACCCCUGGGGUAGCCACCAGCUCUCACCUCUACCAGGAUCCUGGCUGGGGAGGGGCGGGCUGAGGCAGAACUGGGGAUCAUGGGACCUGGCAGCUUGGGUGUGGAGGGAGGAACCGCGGGGCGGGGGGACUCUCCCAGCCCCACCACCCUGCUCUGCCCAGCCACAAUUUUCCCUUUCUUCACUUCCUCCACCUCCCUCUCCUGUUUAUACUCCCCAAAUACGCACAGGCUGUUAUCAUGGGUCCUGAGUCAUCUCACACACACACACACA